AAUAACGUAAAAACACACUUUUCCAAAAUCCACGUGUGUGACUAUUGUGGUUAUGUUUUCUAGUGUUUAGUCUAAUUUGUAUAAUUAAUUUAAUAAUAUUAAUGUAAAUGAUUAUAAAAUAACAAAAGAUCAUGUCAAGUUGUAAAAUACAUAAUAUUAGGUUUUAUAAUCUUGAACCCCGAUCUGCUACUUGUUUGUCGUAUGAAUCUAAAACAAAAAGGUUAACACUUGCAAGAAGUGAUAAUUCGAUUGAAGUUUGGAAUGUUGGAAACGCACCUUUUGUGGAAUGUACAAUACCUGGUCAUACAGAAAACUCUGUAGAAAGCAUUCUUUGGAUAGGUCCACGGUUGUUUUCAACUGGUCUUCAUGGCAUGGUAGCAGAAUAUAAUUUAACAACAUUAUCUAUUAAAAGUGAAGUUGCAGUAACUGGAGGUGCAGCUUGGUGUAUGGAUGUUAAUCAUAAAAAUACAUGUUUAGCUGUUGGUACAGAAGAUGGAUAUAUUAAUACAUUUACUGUUACUUGUGAUGCAUUAAUAUAUGAGAGAAUAUUUGAUAAACAGAAAGGAAGAAUUCUUUGUAUUAAAUGGGAUAAUACUGGAGAAAUGAUAUACACAGGAUCAACUGAUACAAUUAGAGUUUGGAAUGCUAUAUCUGGUCAUGCAAUUCAUAAGAUGACAACUUCCAGAAAAGAAGCAAAAAAAGAAACUAUUAUUUGGUGUUUAGAAGUUACAGAUGAUAACAUUAUAAUUUCUGGAGAUUCGCGUGGCUGUUUAUCAUUUUGGGAUCCACACAUGGGUACUUUAAUUGAAUCUCAUGAGAGUCAUACAGCCGAUAUAUUAGCUGUCACUUUGUCUCAUGAUAUGAAUAUUGUAUAUUGUGCUGGUGUUGAUCCUGUAGUACGAAGUUUCUGUAAAAUAACUAUGAAAUCUAGUGGUAGACCACAAUGGGUAAAAGGAAUUGAGAGAAGAUUACAUGCUCAUGAUGUAAGAGCUUUAGUAGAAGCAGAUGGAAAAUUAUAUUCAGCUGGUGUAGAUGGAUAUUUAGCUCAAUCUAGUUAUCCACCGAAAGUUUUAGUUAAAUAUCCACCGUUACUUCAGAUUCCAUGUGCUACUGUUUGUAAAAAAUCUAGAUGCAUUUUAUUAAGGUAUCCAAAUUUUCUUGAAUUAUGGAGACUUGGUUCAUCUACUAAAGUAUCUUCAGAAUCAAUACGUCCUGGUAUGUUAUAUCAAUUAGAAGAAGAACCUAUAAAAUUACUACAAUUAAAAACAAAAAAAGACGAAAACAUUAUUUCUUGUGCUAUUAAUAAGGAUUCUAAAACAAUCGUUUAUUCAACUGACAGUCAUGUUAGAGUUUUUAACUUUGACGUAAUAGAGGGAGAUGCACAAUUAUUAAGAAAUGAUACAGAUAUUUCUGCAAAUAGAAUACAAAAGAUGUUAUUUAGUCCAAAUGGAAAAUUAUUUGUAACAGUAAAUAAUGAUGGGAAAAAAAAUAUUGUGACAUUAUAUAAAGUAGAAAAAAAACAUUUAAGGCAUCUUGGUUCUUUUUAUACAAACAAGGAAUCCAUUAUAAAUGUUGGACUUAUGUGUUUUUCUCCCGAUAGUAAAUAUCUUGUUUGUGCCGAUUAUCAUGGUAGAAUUGCUGUGUAUAAUAUUAGUGAAACUGUAAGUAAUGAUACAUCUGAAGCAUGGUUAUUGCCAAAAUAUAGUUGCCCAUCAACUGCUAUGGCUAUUCAGAAAGAUACAUUAAAUUUAGUUAUUGUCUAUUCUGAUCAUAAGAUCGUUGAGUAUAAUAUUUUGCAAAAACAAUAUACCAAAUUUUCAAAUAAUUUACAAAGUCGACUUCCUAAACAAUGGUUAGCUCGACCAUUCCCCAUAACGAAUAUAAUUUUUGAUCCACGCAACGAAAAUAUUAUAAUAAUGCAUGAUGACUCAACCGUUUAUAUAAUUGACAAACUAAACGAAUUUUCGGAAAGAGAAACAAAAAUUCUAAAACGUGAAAACGGUGACCUCAAUGAAGAUAGCAAUUCCUUUAUAAGUUGGCAAUCUCAACAAGUUUUUCAAGUUCUCAAAAAAUACAAGCAUCUUAUAUAUUUGGACUGGUUGAAUGACGAAGAAUUAGUGGCAGUUGAAGUGAAUCCCAUGUCUUUGACGGAAAAAUUGCCACCGACUCUUAAACAGAAAUGGUUCGGAAUGUAAAUAAAUAUAGUGAAAAUAAAAUAAAUUAAAUCCUAUUUUUUUAGGAUUUAAUAUUCUGUACAAAGUCAUUUAGCGUGUUUUUAUAAAGAUAUGCUAUCUUGGAAAUUAAGAAUUAUGUGUAUUUUUAUGUC